AAUUUAUAGCGCCGUCUAUAAAUGACCAGUUCUAAAUACGGAAAUUGGCGUCAAUUAAACUAUGCUUGAAGUCGUUAUUUCUUAUUGCAAUUAGGCGGAUUGUAUUGUCUAUUAACACAACUUCGUAUUGAUAAAGCAAAUUAACGUAAUCAUCGCUAUGCCACCCAAAAGUAAGUAUUUAAAAUCAAUGUUUUUUUUCGAAGGUAACUAUUGUUAUCGAUAUACGAAAGUACGUGACACCUUACACACAAACUGCUAUUAUCGCCCAAGUAUUCGUCAAUGCAUUCUUUAGACAACGAUUUUCGAUGUAUAUAGUAUUGUUAUUAGUUAGAUGGAAAAUCACUAGUCAUUUACAUUUAGUAUAAACGAUAAAUUUUCAUACCAAAAAACAAAAAAUAAAUCGAAGAGUAAUGCAAAAAAAUAGAUUAAACUAGGCCUAACGCUUUUAUUAGGCCGGUUUAUUGAACGAAUUUUUUUUUUUACAAGAACUUUUCAUAAGCGCUUUAUACUUGAUUGACGACGGACCCAGCUAUCUCUCUCCUUCCCUCUCUGUCUGUCUGUCUGUCUGUCUGUCUCUCUCUUUAAACUGGCAUUUAACUUGAAAGAAAUUGUUUGAGAAAGAAAUAUUAAUUAUAUUUCUUUCAGUGUCUCUUCUUCAACUUUGAAGUAUUUACUCCUAUCAUCGACGUCCGAUAAAAUUUUUUAUCCUACAAUUCAAACCUUAGCUAUUAAAAAAUUUAGUCUUGAAAAUUUAAUUUGUGAAUAAGAGAAUUCAUUGAAAAAAUCAAAAAAAGUCGGAAACGUUAUGGCUCUAAAUACGGGUUUUAAAGUAAAUUUAUCAGCAACUGGCUUUUCUGAACAUAGAAGGAGAACGGCAAAGAGUGCUAAAUCUGAAAAACAACCACCGGAGAGGCCAUCUGCACCAGUCGAAUUGAAAGUUACCCACUAUAAUAUCGAAAUUAGUUGGGAAGAUGCUCUAGAAAAGCAGCAAUCAAAAAGUCAAAAGGGAGACGAAAGAAUUACAGUUCAAUUACAAAGUAUGGAUAAGAAUGGCGAGUUUCAAAACAUUUACAAAGGUUAUGCAAAAUGUACCGUUGUAAAUGACCUCGAAGCCUGGACACAAUAUCGAUUUCGUGUCAGAUUCCAGAAUGAUUUUGGAGUUUCGGACUGGAGUCCGGAAGUUUGUAUAUCGACCAAGAAGGAACCUUUAACUGGAGAUAAUCUGCAUAGGGCAAUCGCUUUGGACGAUUUUGGAGCUUUAGAAAGGGUUAUUGAAAGCGGAGACGUUCAUAUUGAUACACCCGAUAAGUAUGGAUUUAGUCCACUAAUGCAGGCCUCUCAAAAAGGUUUAAGACCAGAAAUCUUGGAAAAGUUAAUAGAAUCUGGAGCGGAUGUCAAUCUGCAAAAUGAAGCUGGUAAAACUUCCCUUAUGUUGGCAGCUUUCGCUGGAAAAUUGAUUAGUGUGAAAGAAUUAAAACAUCACGGAGCUAGAUUUGAUCUCAAAGAUAAGGGUGGUUCCACUGCUUUACAUUGGGCUGUUGAUGGUGGUAAUGUCGAGAUUAUUGAAUUUAUGGUAAAGCAAGGAGGUGAUGUUAAUUGGAAAGAUGAUCAGAAUAAUUGGACUCCUCUGUUAAGAUUAGCUUCUGUUAGUGGAAAAGUAAACGUUGGUCGAAAACUUUUAGAGUUAGGAGCAGACCUAAAUGCAAAAGAUAAAGAUGGUAAAACUGCUUUAAUGAUAGCAGUGAUAAAUGGUCAUAACGAGUUGGUUGAACUGCUACUGGACAGCAAUUGCGAUCUGACGAUAAGAAACGAUUACGGUAAAACUGCUUUAGAAAUGGCUCAAGCAAUGGAAAAGAGGAGAGUUCUUCGAACAAUUGAAGACUUUAUGGAAAGAAAAAAAGGCGAAAAUGGAACCAAUUAGGGGAGAAAAUUCUUAAAUACGUUUUCGAUUAGCUAACAUAUUAGGAAUGUCACUUGAUCAACGCUUCUCAAUGAACAAUCUCUCCUCUCUCCCCCUGCCCUUCCUUUAGAAAAUGAAAUAUCUCUAUAAUAUCAAUAUCAAGAAUAAUAAUAAUAAUAAUUAGGCAUAGAAUUGUAAACGCUUUUCUCUCUUUGUCUUAUAUUUUAUGUGUUCCAGAUGAAAAACAAAUUAUUUACCUUCCUUCGUUAGAAAACAAAACUAAAAAAAAGGUGCUUCCUGUUUACCUUUUUUUAUCUAGUUUUUAUAUCAAAUGACUAGCUAAAUAUAUAUAUAUAUAUAUAUAUAUUUCCUGCUUCGUAAAUUAUCCGUCCGUUUAUUAAUCAGCUUAUGCAAAACAAAGGGGAAAACAAACCAAAUUUGUACUUGUCUUUCGACCUUAUCAAGUAGUGCUGCCAUCUUUAGCAUUAUUAUUGUGUGGAAAUAUAGUUCAUAUUUAACAUAUCCUGUUUUUGUUUCAAUUCCUUAAUUUAUUAAUAGAAAUAGGCUUAUAAAAUUAUUUUCACGCAUGAAUCAUCAAUAAAUAAAAAGAGAUAAAAAAGAGGGGUCAAGUGAUCAACUUAACUCUAUCACAAAACAAAAUUUAUAGGUACCUUCUUUACAAUAAACAAAAUUAUUUAAAUUCAUCUUUCUUCCUCUCUCUCGCUGUGUUUUCCUUAUUCCUUUGAUUAUUUUAAUAUCUCUUUCUAUAAUUAAAAAAGAGAAAGGUAUCGGUAUCAAAAUCGAGUAAAAAAAAAAGUAUAAAAAAAGAAAAGUUCAGAUAUAAAAAGUAAAACAAAAAGACAAAAAAAAACGCACUAGACUAAAUUAGAAAGAAAAGGGGAUAAAUAAAUUAAGAGUAAAGCAUUUUAUACUCUUUAUAUACAGUAUAUACAAUAUUAUAUAUAUAUACUGUAUAUACUUUUUACCAUGUAUGCUACACGAGUUGACUUUUUUAUGCUGAUCCUUAAUGGAAAGAUAUCAAUAUCUUUAACAAAGGUCACAAAAUUAAUUGUGAAUUUUAACAAAAGUAAAAGGAAGCGUUGAAAUUAUAAGUCCAAUACAAAAAAAAUGAUGUUUAAGUAAUGAGUUAAAUAGAUACUACACAAUGAUUUAUGAAGGAUUUUAUUUUGUUUCGGCGCAAUAUCCGAUAUAAGUAUUCCAGGCUAAACCAACAAUGUUUAUCAAGAAAAUUCUGUACUUUAGAGGAACGUAGUGAAAGUUUAAUAUUUGAACCACCGGCCAAAUUUGAUAGCUGUUGAUAAGGAGAGGGCUAAAAUCUCUUGUAAUUUUUUCAUUGAUUUCCUUAAAUUUUUCAUUUCUCAAAGCUCCCAUAACACCAAUAUAACCUCCUAAAUAGACUGGUAGAAAAACUAAUUGAUCUAAUAGAGUCUUUUUUGUAGCUGCUUUGAGACAUUUCUUUGGUGUUAUGAUAACUUUAUCCAACCAUCUAUACCAAUAGUGCAUACUAGGUCCAGCUAUAAAUAAACCUACAAAUCCAAACCGAAUAGUUCUCUGUGCGUCAUAGUCUUUAAAAGAUUUUUUUUCUAUAAAGAUCUGUGCUAUUAGAUCACCUGCACUCAUUAAAACGCAAGUAUUUAAAGCUGUUUUCGUGCAACCAGAGGUUUUUUCGUAAGAAAUGACUAUCCUUCGUCCUGUCAGUGGAAAAAACCUUUCGAAAGCUCUUAAUAGCAUUAUUCUAUAAUGAGAGUAUCAAAAAAAUGUUCAAGUUUAAUUAGGAAUAAUUUCACUUGUCUACCUUUUAGCAAGUUUGAAGUAUUCAAGUACCUUUUAAUUGUUGAAUAUAAGUAUAUGUGAAAAGACAGGAAGAGAGACAUAUAAACUGUAUGUUUAUAUAUAUAUAUAUAUAUAUAUAAAAUAUUUAUACAUCCGUUAAGAAGUCACUGUUUUUAUUUUUUAUCAAUACUAUUGGCGCCAUCUAGGUUCAUUUUUAGAUUACUUUCACAAUAAAAGUUCAUUAUACAUGAAACCCACAAAGAAAGAUACAACAUUAAGUUAUUUAAAAGUAUUGGAAUGUUUAAACUCAUUUGAACGAAUAAAAGACUCUUUGUUUUUGAAACUUUUGCUUUAUAUCUAUACAAAAAAGAAAAACAAGUAAAGCCAGGUUUAGGUCAUUAAAAGUUCAUUCGUUAACAUAUGUAUUGAUCAGACCUGUACUGUUUUCUCAUCGUUUUCAUUCUCUCUUUCUUUCUCUCUCUCUCUCUUUCUCUCUAUGCAUAAACAGUAUAUAUAUAUACUCUCUCCUUGCUUACAUUUUCCCUAUCUAACUAUCCCUAACCAGUUAUUACUUUUUAUCUCUAUUUUAAGUACUUACUUUUCACUAGAAAUUUUAAUAAUAAUCAGAUAAUCGAUAUUUAUCUAACAACAAAAUAUGCUAGUUGAAAAGAAAUCAUAA